GUGUAUCUGUCAGAUCGAAAACUGAGAAGGGAAACGAAGAGAAGGCAAACACACACACACUUACACUUACACACACUUACACACACUUAUUUACACACAUUUAAACAAAACUCUGGUGCGGAUUCAGGGCAUGAUUAAUCCUAUUCCAGGAGCAGUUUGAUUUAUUUGGGCAGAAAAGAUGCAGUUCAUGCUGCUCUUCAGCAGACAAGGCAAGCUGCGCCUUCAGAAAUGGUACGUUCCACUGUCCGACAAGGAGAAAAAGAAGAUCACACGUGAGCUGGUACAGACCGUCCUGGCACGAAAGCCCAAGAUGUGUAGCUUCCUGGAGUGGAGAGACCUCAAGAUUGUUUACAAAAGAUAUGCCAGUUUGUAUUUCUGCUGUGCCAUCGAGGACCAGGACAAUGAGCUGAUCACCCUGGAGAUCAUUCACCGCUAUGUGGAGCUGCUGGAUAAGUACUUCGGCAGCGUGUGCGAGCUGGACAUUAUCUUCAACUUUGAGAAGGCCUACUUCAUCCUGGACGAGUUCCUUUUGGGGGGAGAAGCUCAAGAGACGUCCAAGAAGAACGUUUUGAAGGCGAUCGAACAGGCCGACCUGCUGCAGGAGGAUGCCAAAGAAGCAGAGACCCCUCGCAGUGUUCUGGAGGAGAUUGGACUCACUUAAAUGCCCCAGAAGGACACACUGUCAUCCCCACACACACACACACACACACACACACACACACACACACAAACACACACACACACACACACACACACACCUACUGUUUUUUUGUUUAAAGAUGUAGCACACACACACAAACAUUAGUGGAUUUCGACAGUUCAUCCAUCAUCAUUUUUUUUCCUAUUUCUCUGUGUUGAUACACACACACACACACACACACACACACACAAUGUAGCACUGUACAGAUUCACCUAGAAAACAGACUCAGCCUUAAGAUCAGCUCAAGUUUACACUCUGUAUUCAACAUUGUUCAUCACCACCUUUUUAGCAUCUACACAGGAUCAGGAAAGGGAAAAGCUCCCAUGCUGUGUGCACAUGACCUGGGAAAAUAUUUACUGCUUUUCAUGUAUUGUAUUGAAAGGAACCAGGAUGUAAAAUAAAUAAAAAAUCAAAGAAAGUAAUGUGUAUAUCCCACCCAGAGCUGAGAGGCUCUCGGGUUUUGGCUUGGAGAUGCAAGCGCUGUCCUGAACGCCCUUUGUGUUACAAGUCCCUGUGUCUCAGACUCGAAAAGAUUCAAAAACAUUAGAAAACACUCAAAAACAACCCGAAACGCAUUGAAAACGUUCCACAAGACUCCGAAAAACAUUUGAAAACACUCCUAAAGAUGGAGGAACAGCCCAUAAUACUCAGAAACACUCAAAAAGACUUAAAAAAAAAAGCUGAGAAUUAUCCUGUUGAUAAAAAAAACUACAUUUCUAAAUUAGUUUGAAAUAAUUUUUUAGCAAGAUUUUUUUUAUUAUUAUUUUUAGCAUCUACACAUGAUCAGGAAAGGGAAACGGUCCCAUGCUGUGUGCACAUGACCUGGGGAAUAUUUACUGCUUUUUAUUAUUAUUAUUGUACUGAAUGGAACCAGGGUGUAAAAAAAAUUCAAAGAACUGAGAGAGUUUCUGGUUUUGGCUUGGAGAUGAUCAAAAAGACUCAAAGUAGCUCCUGAAAACACUCGAAAAUGCUCAAAAAAGUUUAAAGGGAUUAAAAAAUAUUAAAUGAAUAAUAAUAAUAAUAAUAAUAAUAAUAAUAAUAAUAAUAAAAACUUUAUUUCUAAAUGAGUUUUUAUUCAGAUUUUUUGUGACAUUUUCUGUUCUUUUCUGGUCCUAUUGAAACGAAGAUGUGUUUUAUGUGGUGACAAAAUUUCUAAAAAUCUUUGAACACAAAGGCUUUUUGUAAAUGUGAAGUUUUGAGGGGAAAAAAGAGGGAAAGAAGUUUGGUUAUAAAGCCAAAGAGUUUAUUGUUGGUGUUUUCUAUCAGUUUACAUGGUGCAGGGGUUCAGUUUACCUCAGCGAGUCCUGCACCAGACACACAUCAACGUCACAUCGCAGCCCUGAACAUUUACACAACAUCAACACAACAACUCAACACAAUACAUCAACACAACGAUGAUCCACUGCGGUCAACUGACCAACAGACGCUUUAAUGCUGUAAAUCUUCAGGUUUAAAGGAGCAGUCUGUUACUUUUAGAGCUCAUAAUGUAAAUUACUGUUACACAAAAUCUCUCUCUCUCUCGCCCCUUCUCUCACUCACUCUUUUUCUCCCUCUCUCUUUCUUUUCUCUUCAAUCCAUCUCUCCCUCUUUCACCAUUUUCUCCCUAUUCUAUUCUCUCCCUCCCUCUC